GUGCAGUAUGACGUGAAGAGCACGGUGUACCUUCCUGAGAAAUCAUCAGUGUUGUCCUCAGAGAGCACAGAGCGAUCAGAAAACAAGUUUGGCAAAGCACAGUGCCAAACGUACACUCAGCUACUGUUGAGGAGAGAAACCACCCUUGAGUUUGGUGUGAAGGGACAGCAGAGCACACACAUGCCAAGAAGAAUUAAACUGUAAACUGAAUGGCAAGUUUUGAAAGCACUGAAGAGAUGCAAGAAAUGGAUCAGAGAAAUGGAACACCACAAGAACAAUUGUCUAACGUCAGAAAACAAGCUGUUGGAUGUGUUGAGAUAUUCCGCUUUGCUGAUGGGCUGGACAUCACCCUCAUGAUCCUGGGGGCACUCGCAUCAUUGGUCAACGGGGCCUGUCUUCCUCUGAUGUCGCUGGUUUUAGGAGAAGUGAGUGAUCACCUUGUUAGUGGAUGUCUAGUCCAAACCAAUGCAACAAAUUAUCAGAACUGUACUAAGUCUCAAGAGAAGCUGAAUGAAGAUAUGAUUGUGUUGACGCUGUAUUAUGUUGGCAUAGGAGGCUCUGCCUUGAUUUUUGGCUACAUGCAGAUUUCCUUUUGGGUUAUGACAGCAGCACGACAGACCAAGAGAAUUCGCCAGCAGUUCUUUCACUCCAUUCUGGCACAAGACAUCAGCUGGUUUGAUGGCUGUGACAUCGGCGAAUUGAACACUCGCAUAACAGAGGACAUCAGCAAAAUCAGCGACGGUAUUGGAGACAAGCUUGCUCUACUGUUUCAAAACAUGUCUACUUUUUCCAUUGGCCUGGCGGUUGGCUUGGUGAAGGGCUGGAAGCUCACCCUGGUGACCCUGUCCACAUCGCCUCUCAUUAUGGCUUCUGCAGCAGCGUGUUCCAGGAUAGUCAUCUCACUGACCAGUAAGGAAUUAAAUGCCUAUUCCAAAGCUGGGGCUGUUGCAGAGGAAGUCUUGGCAUCAAUUCGAACCGUCAUAGCCUUUGGAGCCCAGGAGAAAGAGAUUCAAAGGUAUACAAACAAUCUAAGAGACGCAAAGGAUGUGGGCAUAAAAAAGGCCAUAGCUUCUAAACUGUCUCUUGGUGCUGUGUACUUCUUCAUGAAUGGAACCUACGGACUUGCCUUCUGGUAUGGAACUUCUCUGAUCCUUAGUGGAGAACCUGGUUACACCAUCGGGACUGUUCUUGCUGUGUUCUUUAGUGUGAUCCACAGCAGUUACUGCAUAGGAGCAGCAGCCCCCCACUUUGAAACUUUCACUGUAGCCCGAGGAGCAGCCUUUACCAUCUUCCAGCUUAUUGAUAAGAAACCCAGUAUAGAUAACUUUUCAACAACUGGAUAUAAACCUGAGUGUAUAGAAGGCACUGUGGAAUUUAAAAAUGUCUCUUUCAAUUAUCCAUCAAGACCAUCUGUCAAGGUUCUGAGAGGUCUGAAUCUCAAAAUUCGGUCUGGAGAGACGGUCGCCUUGGUUGGCCCCAGCGGCAGUGGGAAGAGCACAGCAGUCCAGCUUCUGCAGAGGCUGUACGAUCCCACUGAGGGCUCCGUCACAGUGGACGAGCGGGACCUGCGCGCCAUGAACGUGCGGUGCUACCGCGAGCACGUCGGGGUGGUCAGCCAAGAGCCUGUCCUGUUCGGGGCCACCAUCAGCGCCAACAUCAAGUAUGGACGAGACGACGUGACCGACGCGGAGAUGGAGACGGCCGCGAAGGCAGCCCACGCUUACGAUUUCAUAAUGGAGCUUCCUCACAAAUUUAAUACCUUGGUAGGGGAAAAAGGAGCUCAGCUGAGCGGAGGGCAGAAACAGAGAAUCGCGAUCGCCCGUGCUUUAGUUCGAAACCCCAAGAUUCUGAUCUUGGAUGAGGCCACGUCUGCUCUGGAUACAGAGAGUGAAGCCGUCGUUCAAGCUGCACUGGAGAAGGCGAGCAAAGGUCGGACUACAAUCGUGGUAGCUCACCGACUUUCCACUGUCCGAAGUGCAGAUCUGAUUGUGACCAUAAGGGAUGGGACAGUGGUGGAAAGCGGAACACACGCUGACCUCAUGGCAAAGCAAGGGCUAUACUACUCACUUGCCAUGUCACAGGAUAUUAAAAAAGCUGACGAGCAGCUGGAGUCAAGGCCGUGUUCUUUGGGCAGAAAUGCCAGCCCUGCUCCUCUGUGCUCGACACAUAGCAUCAAGCCAGAUGUUACCGAGAGCUCUGAGGACUCCACCCCUUAUAAACAGACAAGUCUUCCCGAAGUUUCUCUAUUAAAAAUUUUUAAAUUAAACAAAUCCGAAUGGCCUUUUGUGGUUCUGGGGACACUGGCUUCUGUUCUCAAUGGAACUGUUCAUCCCAUAUUUUCCAUCAUCUUUGCAAAAAUUAUAACUAUGUUUGAACAUGAUGACAAAACCGCACUGAAGCAUGAUGCAGAAAUUUAUUCCAUGAUAUUUGUCAUAUUGGGUCUCGUUUGCUUUGUCAGUUAUUUCAUGCAGGGAUUAUUUUAUGGCAGAGCAGGGGAGAAUUUGACCUUGAGAUUACGACACUUGGCAUUUAAAGCUAUGUUGCAUCAGGAUAUUGCCUGGUUUGAUGAUAAGGAAAACAGCACGGGAGCCUUGACAACAAUACUUGCCACAGACAUAGCUCAAAUUCAAGGAGCAAUCGGCUCAAGGAUUGGUGUCUUCACACAAAGUGUAACUAACAUGGGACUGUCAGUUACCAUUUCCUUCCUGUAUGGAUGGGAGAUGACACUCCUGACUUUGAGUAUUGCUCCAGUACUAGCUGUGACGGGAAUGAUUGAAACAGCCGCGAUGACUGGCUUUGCCAACAAGGAUAAGCAAGAACUGAAACGUGCUGGGAAGAUAGCAACGGAAGCGGUGGAGAACAUACGUACUAUCAUGUCAUUGACGAGAGAGAAAGCCUUUGAACAAAUGUAUGAGGAGACGCUUCUCACUCAACACAGAAACACCCUGAAGAAGGCACAGAUCAUAGGGAGCUGCUACGCAUUCAGCCACGCCUUUGUAUACUUUGCCUAUGCCGCAGGGUUUCGAUUUGGAGCCUAUCUAAUCCAAGUUGGACGAAUGACCCCAGAGGGCAUGUUCAUAGUCUUCACUGCAAUUGCCUAUGGCGCUAUGGUCAUUGGAGAAACACUUGUUUUGGCACCUGAAUAUUCCAAAGCCAAAUCUGGGGCUGCACAUCUGUUUGCCUUGUUGGAAAAUAAACCAACCAUAGACAGUUACAGUCAAGAAGGAAAGAAACCAGACACAUGUGAAGGGAACUUAGAGUUCCGGGAUGUGUCUUUCCUCUACCCCUGUCGCCCAGACGUCUCCAUCCUUCGUGGCUUGUCCCUCCGUGUCGAGAAAGGCAAGACAGUAGCAUUGGUGGGGAGUAGCGGCAGCGGGAAAAGCACUUCUGUUCAACUUCUGCAGAGAUUCUACGACCCUACGAGAGGACACGUGCUGCUGGAUGGCGUAGAUGCCAGAGAGCUGAACGUGCAGUGGCUCCGGUCCCAAAUAGGGAUCAUCUCCCAGGAGCCCGUGCUCUUCAAUCGCAGCAUAGCCGAGAACAUCGCCUAUGGCGAUCCCGGCCGCGCGGUGCCUUUGGAGGAGAUCAGAGAAGUCGCCCAGGCGGCCGACAUCCACUCUUUCAUUGAAGGCCUCCCUCAGAAAUACAACACACGCAUUGGGCGGAGAGGAACACAGCUUUCUGGAGGCCAGAGACAGAGAAUAGCCAUUGCAAGGGCUCUUCUCCGGAAACCAAAAGUUUUGCUGUUGGAUGAGGCCACUUCAGCCCUUGACAAUGAGAGUGAAAAGGUGGUCCAGCAUGCUCUCGAUAAAGCCAGGAGAGGCAGGACGUGCCUCGUGGUCGCACACAGACUCUCCACAAUACAGAACGCAGAUUCCAUCGUGGUUCUGCACAACGGAAAAAUAAAGGAACAGGGAACUCAUGGCGAGCUCCUGAGAAAUCGAGACAUCUACUACACAUUAGUCAAUGGGCAGUCAGUGCAGUGAUGGCGUGGAGCUACACAUAGUUUGCUCUUUGUGUAAUGCAAAGAAAGAGUUCUUAGUAAUUACUUGGCAUGCUUUGAUCUCUUUUAUUGCAUAUAUCAAUACCCACAAUCAUGCUACUCAGGUGCAGACACGUUCCGAUCACCCAUCACCUUCCCCUGGGAUUUUUAAAAAGGCAGCAAACGUCUCUGCUAAGCUUGUUGGGUGAGAUAAUGCCUUUAUUCCUCACAUGCUGAAAACGUUCUGGCUCCUACUUGCUUAUAAGCAGUUUUCUGCAAAUUGAAUCUGUUGACCAGUUCCCCAUCAACUUCUCCUAUCAAAUUGGAAAUGUGUCACAUUUGGGAGUGCCAUGUUGCUUUCCUCCAUGCUACACCGACUCUCUCUCAAGAAAUAUCCAUCAUUUCCCCCAAACUCCAUCCCAUCCCUCUGUUGGUGGGGAGGGAAGAUCACAGUGUGAAAUAACUGACAGAAAGCACUGAGUGAAGCGUUUCGCAUAUCCAUCCCCAAGUCCCAUUGUUCCAGCCUUAGGGUGUGCAGAGUGAAUCACAGAACUACCUGUGUAUGAACACUUACUUAAAAUGAGAAUUACUCCUAUUGCUUUCUGUAUUAUUACUUGAUCAAAAACUGUAUUUAAAUUUUAGAUAUACUUUAUUAUAUGUAUGACUUUAAAAUUCUAUUUAGAUAAUAAUAUUGGUAAGUUGAGUCAUAUUUUCCAUUUACUUAAACAUGCAAUGAACAUUUAGUGGUUUUAUCUUUAUUCUUAAUUGUAUUUUCUUUACUGACAACUAUAGUCAACCUCUGAAGGGUGUAGUCUACCAAUAAA